AUGACCGAAAAAGGGAAAGAAAUUUCGGAAUAUGUGGAUGAAAUUGUACCGCUGGAGUCCGAUAAUGAGGAUGUUGUGGAUAUUAUGAACAUAGCGGGUGAUGAUAGGAUCUGCGCGUCCAAAGAUGUUUGUGGAAUAUGGAAGAUUAACAAGGUACAUCUAGACCACAAUCAUAAGACAAGCCCUUCAAAGUCUAGGCUAUAUCGAUGUAACCGAGAGUUGAGUGCACAUGUUAAACGAAGACUCGAAGUGAAUGACAUGACAGGAAUUCCAUUACACAAGAGCUUCAACUCUAUAGUUGUUGAAGUGGGUGGGUAUGAGAAUUUGAGUUGCAUCGAGAAGGAUUGUCGUAACUAUGUUGAGAAAGUUAGGCGUUUAAGACUUGGACAAGGGGACGGAUCAGCACUACAAUCAUACUUCUCUAAAAUGCAGGCACAAUGCUCGGGCUUUUACUUUAGUAUAGAUUUGGAUGAGAUUUGCGUCUAA